UUUUAUGCAACUACACGAUUUCUGCGAUUCGUAGUCUUCAGUGAUCAAUGGUCCAGUGACUCGCACGGGUGGCGCUUCAGCCUAAAAAAUAACAGCUCCAAUCCGACACAAUGUUGCACCUGAGAUUUGUCUUUAUGGGCGCUCUGCUGGUCAUCCUGCUCCAAGCUAGCCAACCCACCGAUGGCUUCAUCCUGCGCUUUAUCACCGAAACCCUGCAGAACAAUGUGGCGGGAGAGCCCAUCCUACACGAGACGACCCAGUGGAACUUUGAUCCUGAGGCGGCCAAAAAGGCUCGAGCCUUGUACUACGAGAAAAACGGUUUCCGGUCGGCCAAGUUCAUAGAGCGACUGGGCGUGGGCCUGGAUGGACGCCACGAGGAGCGACGGGAGGAACAGAUCGAGCGGGACACAGGGCGGCUGAACGGAGCGCACAAUGUGAAUUAUCCGCCUCCACCGGUUUAGUCAUAAAUAAUAAUAAUUUAAAUUUAACUUCUUGUUUCGUUUGCCAUGAAGAGGGGGAUAUCCAGCAUAUUGUCAUCAUUUUAAUUUGCUGCGAUUAAUUGUCAUUGUGCGCAUUAAUGUGCUUCACAAGGAUUUGCAUAAUUUGCACAACGUCGAGCCAUGGGAUUCCCCCCUCUAUCCAUAAUUUUCUCUGUUUUCCGCUUAUUGUUAAUGACGGCAGGAUCUGAAGGAGGGAGGGGCGCUUUGGGAGAGCUUCGGAGAAGGACUUACCGAGUCCCCAGCAAUGUUGUUGUGGUUUUAAUAAACGUUAUUAGCCAGCUGGGAUGGGGGAGCUGGAUAACCAGCCACCCUGCAACUGCAAAUUGCCGCAAUUACAUUUGGCUAAAGCGAAAAGCAACGGCAGCUACUUACUUUCGCAAUUUUGCAAUUUCAUAAUUAUGUCGCAUAAUUGAAGCCAAUUUCGCUUCGAGCUGAAUUGGGACAAUGUGGAAAAUGAGUGAAAAGUGUCGGCGAAGGAUAUGGGAAAGUGGAUGCAGGUAUGCCUCUAUAAAGCUGUGUUUUU